UUUACCCAUUUAGAUUAAUCUCCCUACAAAUUAUUAUUCUAUUCUACUCACAGGCUGUCUCUGACUGCCACAUUUUAAUACUAUAUCAAUUUUCGUGUACUUCAAACCAUGUCCUCCUCUCCUCAACCAACACCAUCUCGAACCUUGUUGUUAAAUGACUACUUUAUGCCAUGUUGGUCAAAAUAAUCUCAUGAUCAUCAUUCUUUAUCCACACCCUAAUUGAUCUUAAUCAAGAGUAUCUAGUAUUAAUUUAUGUAGAGUAUCUUAUAGUGAAAAUUUCAAAAGGCUUUGACACAUGGGGUGGCCCAGAUAUAUCAGUGGCAGAUGAAGAAAGAUUCAUUUAUUUGCAUCAUUGAGGGCAGGGGUGCAUUCACGACAGAGCCAUAGCAGAACAACGUGUAGUACUAGAUAAAAAUAACAAACAUUGAAUUGGAGAUCCACAAGUGUAUGCUUUGGUUCUCCUUGUUAUUCUUCUUUCUCUCAAUUUUCUUUUUCCCCCAAACACGGUUAAACAACUUGGUUGGGUGCAUUUCCACCCAACCCACGUUGUCUUCUUCUUCUUCUCUGUCUUUGUAUAUCAAUUUUGCUGUAAAUGCUUCUCUAUGGGGAAGAAAGGAAGUAGUACCUCAUGGUUAACUGCUGUCAAAAGAGCUUUCAGAUCUCCCACCAAAGACACUGACAAAAAGAGUAGUAGAACAAGGGAAGAUUAUGAUCAUGAAGAAGAUGAAGAGAAGAAGAGAGAAAAACGAAGAUGGAUUUUCAGAAAACCUGCGAAUCAUGAAACAACAACAGUGAACAACACUCAACAACAACAACAACAGCAGACACCAACGAAAUUGAAGCAUGAUGUUGUGGCGGUUGCUGCUAGUGGAGGUUCAAGGACAGAGCAAGGUCAGAACCACGCGCUUGCGGUGGCGGUGGCAACUGCAGAGGCGGCUAUGGCCACCGCUCAAGCUGCGGUGGAGGCGGCGAGGUUGACCAAGCCAAAUACGAAGAAUCAUGCUCGGGAGCAUCAUGCUGCUGUUCUGAUUCAAACUGCUUUCAGAGGCUAUCUGGCGAGAAGAGCGCUUCGUGCGUUGAAGGGGUUGGUGAAGUUGCAGGCUCUGGUGAGGGGGCAUAACGUGAGGAAGCAGGCGAAGAUGACGCUUCGGUGCAUGCAGGCUUUGGUGAGGGUGCAAGCGAGGGUUCUUGAUCAGCGUAUAAGGUCUUCUGUUGAUGGAAGUAGAAAAUCCACCUUCAGUGACACUGGUAGUGUUUGGGAAUCACGGUAUCUUCAGGAUAUUUCUGAUAGGAAAUCACUUUCAAGAGAGGGAAGUAGCAUUGCAAGUGAUUGGGAUGAAAGACCACACACAGUUGAAGAAGUGAAGGCCAUGUUGCAGCAGAGGAAGGAAGCAGCUAUGAAGAGGGAGAGAACCUUGUCACAAGCUUUUUCCCAACAGAUUUGGAGGAAUUGUAGGACAUCAUCAAUUGGAAAUGAAGAGGAGAUGGAAGAGAGACCGAAAUGGCUUGACCGGUGGAUGGCGCCGAAGCCGUGGGAGAAUAGGGGAAGAGCUUCCACUGAUCAAAGAGAUCCCAUUAAGACAGUGGAAAUUGACACAGCUCAGCCUUAUUCAUAUCUAGGAGCUAAUUACAGAAGAUCACAUCCUAAUUAUCAGUAUAACCCAAACAACCACCAACACCACCACCACAACCAUCACCACCAACAACAACAACCACAGAGACAUUCCAUUGCUUCCCCAAUCCACAGAACCCACCAAAAUGGAUCCCUUCACCAAUCCCCUGCAACCCCUUCUCCAGCAAAAUCAAGACCCAUCCAAGUCAGGUCAGCGAGCCCCCGCUGCGUUAGAGAGGAUAGAACCUACCCCACCUCUCAAACACCAAGCCUGAGGUCUAAUUACCAUUACACAGGGAACUUGUAUCAAAAUGCCAGGGUUGGAACAAGUAAUGGUGCUGCUAGUGCUACAAUCCCUAAUUACAUGGCAGCAACUGAGUCUGCAAAGGCGCGAAUUCGGUCGCAGAGCGCGCCUAGGCAGAGGCCUUCGACACCGGAGAGGGACAGGGCUGGAUCAGCUGCAAAGAAAAGGCUUUCAUUCCCUGCUCCAGAUCCUUAUAAUGUAGGAGUGGGUUAUGGAAAUUAUGGGCAUAGUUUAAGGAGUCCAAGCUUCAAGAGUGUGGCUGCAUCACAUAUUGGGUUGGAGCAUCAAUCCAAUUACUCCUCUUGCUGCACUGAGAGUCUUGGUGGUGAGGUUUCUCCUUCUUCAACUGGUGACCUUAGAAGGUGGUUGAGAUGAUUUGUUGCUUACUUUGAUUUAUGAGGAAGUGUCAGAACUAUGACCCAUUAGGAUAUCAGUAUCACCAUUCACUGCUUAUUUUAAUUAGGCUUUUGUCAUGUUAGAGUUAAUUUAGCUAAGAAGGGGAAUCUUGGCGCAAGAGUAAAAAGUUGUUGUCAUGUGACUAAAGUCACAAGUUCAAGUCGUGAGAACAGUUUCUUGUGUGAAAAACAGGGUAAGACUGUCUAUAAUAGACCAAGUGGUUGGACUAUUCCCCGGACCCUUAGAGUUAUUUUAACUAACCCUUUCACCCCAAAAGAAAGGAAGUUACCCAGGGUGACCUGAACCUGAUCUUAGGAGCAGAGAAGAAAGUACCUUCUUGCAAGUAACCAUUCAAGUGUACGUUUAUCAUUCAUUUUCCACACUUUUGUAAGGAUGCCAAGAUAAAAGUGAGCCGUAUGUGGUGGCCUACCUCACUUGGGAUGUUGUAUUGAUGUUGAAGGAAUUGCCUAGACCCAUUUGAAUAGCCUUUAAUGGACUGUGCUGUCACAAUAACUUGAAAUAUUUUGUAUUUUAGUUAUUGCCUUUACAGUUAGUAAUGCACA